GUGUCCGAAGUAGGGUCGACGACUAUAUUUUUAUAGUAUAUAAAUUUCGGAUCGUUCGUCACUAACAUUAAUAUAAUCUGUCAGUUCGAUCAGUGUUCAUCAAACAAAUAUUAUCGUAUCAACUAAACUUAUCCACACAAUGGCAGCCAAAGCCUUAAUCAUUGCCUGUUUGGCAAUUCAAGCCAAUAUCAUUGCUGGAUUAGAUUGCUCGCCUUCAUAUUCAUCCGGCCAUGGACUAAAGGAAUAUUCUUCGCCAUCGUAUUCACCUUCUUCUUACUCAGCUCCAUCAUAUGGUGCCAAGCCCCAAUCGUAUUCUGCUCCACAAGCUUACUCUUCUCCUUCAUACUCGGCGCCAUCAUAUUCGUCAUCUUCCUAUUCUGCUCCUUCAUAUUCUUCUCCAGCAUAUGGUAAGCCACAAGCUUACUCUUCUCCUUCUUCGUACUCAGCUCCAUCAUACUCAGCUCCAUCGUAUUCGGCUCCGUCUUAUUCGGCACAAUCAUAUUCCGCUCCCCAUGCCCAAUCUUACUCUGCCCCAGCUUAUGGUAAACCACAAUCUUACUCAGCUCCUUCUUACUCUGCUCCAGCUUAUGGUAAACCACAAUCUUACUCAGCACCUUCUUACUCUGCUCCAGCUUAUGGUAAACCACAAUCUUAUUCAGCUCCUUCUUACUCUGCUCCAGCUUAUGGUAAACCACAAUCUUACUCAGCUCCUUCUUACUCAGCUCCUUCUUACACAGCUCCUUCUUACUCUAGCCCAGCCUACGGUAAGCAACAAUCUUACUCUGCUCCGUCUGCGUCCUAUGAACAACCCAAGUACCCAGUAUCCCAAUACUCAACUCCUUCAUACGAAGCUAAGCCACAAGCAUAUUCUGCUCCUGCUACAUCAUACAACAAACAACCAUCCUAUUCCACAUCGGCUUAUCCAUCUUACCCAAGCCAACAAACUCAUGCUGAAGAAUCUUAUGCACCAAGACCGUACAAAUUUGAAUACAGCGUAAAUGACGAACACACAUAUGAUAUCAAAAGCCAAAAGGAGGAAAGUGACGGAUAUCACGUAAAAGGAUACUACACUUUGUUGGAGUCUGAUGGUUCCCGCAGAAUAGUCGAAUAUACCGCUGAUGAAAAUGGAUUCAACGCAGACGUGAAAAAAGAAGAAGCUCAGGGUUACAGCAAAUCAGCUCCAGCGUACAACAAGGACUCUCAAUCAUAUAAAUCUGCACCAGCUGCUUACAGCGCACCAUCGUACAACAAACAAGAAUCGUCUUAUGGUGCACAGCCUUCUUAUAACGCACCUGCGUAUAACAAACAAGAAUCGUCCUAUGGUGUUCCAGCCAAACAAUCUCAACAAUACGAAGCUCCAUCGUACUAAUUAUUUCACUAUUUAUCAACCAUGAUAAAAAGUGAAAUAAUAUUAUAACUCUUAUUUCGAAUACCAAAUUAUAAAUGUUACAACUUAACUUUUAUGCUCUUUAAAUAUUUGAAUAAGAACAAAAAAUGUGUUAUUUGUUUUGUUUUUAUUUUUUAAACUAUAACUAUGUGAUUGUAAAUCAAUUAUUAUAUUUACAUCUUAAUAAAUAUAAUAUGUUAUUUCUGAA